UUCCAGAUGAAUACUGAUUUUUGACGAAGGGUGACGCGGCUUUGUCACAAAUUACUCGUCACGGGCGUCGGGGUGCCGUCUAUUAUAACCUAGGGGCUCUAUUACCCGACAUGCGGUAAUGGUGUUUGAAUAUCGCAAAAAUAAACAUUGAGACGCUUUCUUAUCGGCGGGGGUGAUCCGGGGUUAAGGCUACAUCGAACAUUGCCGGACGACGAACCGAAAGCUUCCACAAAGGAAGUACAGAGGGGUUUCACGAUAUUAAGGAUGUGAUUUCUUGGCAGGCAGAUUCUCAUCUUCACCAUGUCGUCCAUGUGUUUUUCUCGAUGCUAUACUGCGCAUGACCGGAAGAUCGCCCGUUUAUUUGGACGUUACGGUCGACUGAUUGCGCGACAUCCAUGGAUCUUUAUCAUCUGCUCCAUCAUUUUAAACCUUCUUCUCGGGAUCGGCCUUCUUCGACUGAAGUUUGAAAACGAUCUGGAGACGCAAUACCUUCCAGAAAAUAACCAGGCUUCUCAAGAUCGCGACAUUGUUAGGAACGUGUUCGAAUCAUCUAGUCGUGAAAACUUUCAAAUCCAUUCUUUGGCUGAUGUCGGUUAUUUCGCAGAAGUUAUAAUUCGCUCUAAGGAUGGAAGGAAUGUAUUCGAUAAUAACGCAUAUCGCGAGGUGCAGAAAAUCCACAACCUUAUUACAAAGAACAUAGUGACUGUAGACCAGUCAAACAACAAUUCGUCCUAUGAAUCUCUCUGUGCAAAGAACAAUAAUAAAUGUGUUAUAUUCGGAGAGGAACUUCUCUCUGCAGACUUUAUCAGACAUUUGCAAAAUAAAAGCGUGACAUACCCUGUGUACAAGGAAACAGUUUUGUUGUCCGCCAUGUUGGGAAAGGUGGAAACCGAAGAUGACCGUUUUGUUUCAGCAGGAAUGCUAAAACUACGAUACUACCUCCAGAAGUAUCCAAUAGAUCAGGGUCAUCUAUCAGAGAGGUGGAUCAAAGAAUUUGUGACUUUCAUACAGAAUAUUCAAACAAAUUACACAGAACUGGCCUAUACCUAUCACAAUGCUUUGGAUGAUGAGGUAACCCAAAGCUCCAUGGCUGAGGCCCAUUUGUUCAUGAUCACAGUAGGGCUCAUGGUGGUCUAUGCGUCCAUAACAACUGCCGGAAGACGCAUUGACUGUGUUUACGACCGACAGAAUUUGGGACGCGUCGGCGUCUUUUGUGCGAUUCUCUCUAUGAUUCCUGCGGCGGGAAUAGCCAGCGCCUGUGGGAUGAAGUUUAUGAAUUCUGUUGGAGUUAUGCCGUUUUUGAUCAUAGGCAUUGGAAUCAACGAUAUGUUUAUCAUCGUAUCUGGGCAUGCGCAGACUAUAGGUCAGGAGAUGUCAUUAGAGGAGAGAAUGGAACACACCCUGCGGACCAGUGGACUGGCUAUUACAGUCACCUCUCUCACGGAUUUAAUAACCUUCUUCAUUGGCUACACGUCUCUGUUUGUCACCAUCCAAAACUUCUGCAUCUAUACAGGUCUUGCCGUUUUCUUCUGCUACGUCAAUCAGCUCACUAUCCUAGCGCCAUCUAUUGUGAUUCAUCAGCAGAAGAUGGACGCUGCGAAGCAUUCAGUGACGUGUAGAUCCACAAAACCUCGGGCACAGCUCAGAAGCGAGGGCUUCUCGGCGUGUUAUGUCACGUGCUGCUCUGGAGAGAAGCCUACGUCACGAGCGGAUGUUGAAAGUUUGCUCGAGAUUUACCCAAAACGUUUUGUUCAGUUCCUGGCUCGCCACGCCGCCUCUCGUCUGGUUAUUUUCAUUCUAUACCUGGGAUACAUUGCUCUCUCUGUAUGGGGAGUUACAUCAUUGAAGCAGGGCUUCAGAUUUUCAGAUUUAGCUUUGGAGAGUUCUGACUAUUACAAAGCUAGCACAUGGGAUUUUGAGAAUUUCCGAUGGGAAAUUCCCCUUCAAAUUGUAUUCAAAGAUCCAAUUGAUUAUCAAAACGAAGAAAAACGCCAGCAAAUUGUUAACUUCCUAAUUAAACUUAAAAUGGAACCUCUUAUCAAAGAUAACCUUGAAAUAAACUGGUUAUCAACUUACAUUACAGUUGUGGGAAAUGGUACUUUUGGAGACAAAUUUAUGUCUUUAAGACAUUUCCUAAACGACACAAGAAUUUUUAAGGGAGAUGUGAUAUUUUCUCCAAACUUUUCACAGAUAAGCUACUCACGAUUUUACUUGUUUUCGGAGAAUUUAAGGACCAGUGACGUUCAGGGACAAUUUCUUCUCCGCAUUAGAGAGCUUGAACAAACAUCCGGGCUACCGUGUUUCAUCUACUCACCACUCUUUGUUUACUUUGAACAGUACGCCAUCGUGGUGAGAAGCACGCUACAGACAGUUGGUGUGGCAGUAGCCGCCAUGUUUUUAGUCGCGUGUUUUUUCAUGCCUCAUCCUCUCAUUAUAAUUUUCGUGUCUGUCUCCCUCGUGUCUAUUCUUCUGGGAGUGUUCGGAUUUCUCCCGUUCUGGGGUCUCAACAUCAGCUCUGUUACAAUGAUCGAACUCAUCAUAUCUGUAGGAUUCUCCGUGGAUUUCAGUGCGCAUCUGUGUCACGCAUAUUUAACGUCACAGUCACGUGACCGAAAGGGGCGUGUUCAGGAUGCACUUGAGUUGGCAGGCGGUCCUGUUAUAAAUGGAGCUCUGUCAACAAUUAUCGGCCUUGUAAUGUUGAAUUUCUCCCAGAGUUUUAUUUUCCAGUCGUUUUUCAAGGUGUUAUUUACGGUGAUUGUGUUUGGACUUAUUCAUGCAGUUCUCAUUUUACCGACAUUCCUCUCUGUCAUCGGGCCAAAGGUCAGAAUAUUGUCUGAUACCAAACCCGACCCAAAAAUAAAAUCAGAAGUGUACAAUGGUGUAAAUCACGAUGCUUAUAAUGGUGUGAAUCUUCCUCUUGUUCGUGAAGAAAAGAUGUAAAUGUGAAAUACUCGUAAAAGACUUGCGCAACGUUUGAAAUAGACUGAGAGUAGUAGAGCUGAAUCGGUGAAGAAAAAUUUUAAAAGGAUCGAGGGAUAAACUAUCCUUACAGUGUGUGAAAAUUUUUAACCCUGGAACGUGAAACUCAGCACAGCUUUGUCACCUUGACUGAUUUGGCUGGAGUUUUAUGUGUCUUUUGGUCAGUGUAAAACAUGUUUAUUAUUUGAUAAUGUUUCCUCUAAAUCAAGUGAAUGAAAUUGUCUCAUUUUGGCGCGGAGCGCAUAAUG